UGAAAUCGGGUCAAACGCCAUUUUCGUUUCUCCAAGCUUUGCAAAACUGAAAACCAAAAUAAUAACACGAGAAGCAUCAUCAUCUCUGAACUAUACUGUUACGGCACGAUAUGACGAGAUUACCCUUCUUCUUCGUCGUUCUCCUCCUCCUCUUUGCCGCAACCCGCACGACGGCGGAGAUCAAGUCUCUCACAAUCUCCGACGACUCUAGGCCGAUGAUUCUCUUCGAAAAAUUCGGAUUCACUCAGUCCGGCCAUGUUAGCGUCUCUGUUUCCUCCGUCUCAGUAGUAUCUUCUUCGUCUGUUCCGAUCCCGGAUCCUUCGAGGCUUGGAUUCUUCCUCAUGUCAGAGGAAUCGCUUCUCCAAGUAGUCUUAGAGAUCCAGCAAAACCCUAACUUCUGUGUACUCGAUUCCAAUUACGUCCUCCAUCUCUUCACAUUCCACGAUCUCUCUCCUCCGCCUGGUUCCAAAUACGAGCACUUGUACCCGGUGGUUUCUCCCAACGAGUACUCUCUCUUCUUCGUUAAUUGCGUACCGGAAACCAAAGUUUCGAUGAAGGUCCGAACGGAGAUGUACAAUUUAGAUCCGAGCGGGUCUAAGGAUUACCUCCCUGCCGGGUCAACCCGAUUACCUGGAUUGUACUUCUUCUUCUCCCUCGGCUACUUAGCUUUCCUUGGUCUCUGGGGUUAUGCUUGUUUUGUCAAUAAAAGAGUUGUUCAUAGGAUCCAUGUUCUCAUGGCGGCCUUGCUUCUGGUUUUGGCCAACAUAGCUUCCAUUGUGAUUGGAGAGACUGGACCUUUCAUCAAAGAUUGGGUAACUUGGAAUCAGAUAUUCUUGCUUGUAGAUAUUGUUUGCUGUUGUGCAAUCUUAUUCCCCAUUGUCUGGUCGAUACGUUCGUUGAGAGAGACUUCGAAAACCGAUGGGAAAGCAGCUAGGAACUUGGCAAAAUUGACUCUGUUUAGACAGUUCUACAUUGUUGUCAUUGGGUAUUUGUACUUUACGAGGAUUGUAGUGUUUGCUCUGAAGACUAUCGCAGCUUAUAAGUAUCAGUGGGUGAGCAAUGCGGCUGAGGAGAUUGCAAGUCUGGCGUUUUACAUGUUGAUGUUCUAUAUGUUCAGGCCGGUGGAGAAGAAUGAGUAUUUCGUUUUAGAUGAAGAAGAAGAGGAAGCCGCAGAGUUGGCCUUGAAGGAGGAUGAUUUUGAACUCUGAGACAGAUCAAGGAGUAUCAGCAGUGAGGACGUUCGCAUUUUCUUUUGGAUUUUUUUUUAAAACUUCAGAAGUAGUUUACUCGCAAAAGGUAAUAACUGUGUAUUGCUCUCGUAUGUGGUAAAAGUUUUUGUUUGUACUAAGACUUAUUUGCUAGUAAUGAGAAGAUCAGUGCCUCUGCUUUUUGGUACA